AUGAACUCGUCGGUCGACCCAUGCUCAGACUUCUAUGAAUAUGCUUGCGAGCUGCUCGAGAAGAAGACCACACCAGAUGAGCAAAUCGAAAGUGGAAGCGCUAUCGGUAAAGCGAAAUUUUUCUACAAACUGUGCUUAAAUGAAUCAGAAAUCUUCGAUAAUUGGCGGACAACCUUCAACGAGGUAGUGGCGUCAUUCGGAGGUUGGCCGAGUCUCGGCCAUCCUGUGCGGGAUAACAUAUCCAUUGAAAAACUGUACGGAGAUAUGGUGGCGAAGUUCCGAGCAGACUCACUUUUCAAAGCUACCGUACAACCAGACGACAAGAACUCGGAGAAGCAUGUUUUACUAGUCGACCAACCAGCACUAAAUCUCUUCGCUCGUGAUUUCUACGUGCUGGCCGAGAAUGAAGAACGAUUGGCCUACUUGCAGCUGAUCAGAGACGUCCUGGUGCUUCUCCACGCGCCCGUCCAAUCGGCAACUCAGGAUGCUGAGGAAAUCAUCGAGUUUGAGACCGCCCUCGCCAAUAUCACAAUGGGAGACGAUCAACGCCACGAUAUUGCCGAGCUGUACACGAAAAUGACGCUCGGACAGAUGAAGGAGCAGUUGUCGAACUUCGACUGGCUGGUUUUCUUCAACGAAAGUGGCAAACAAAUUUCUUUUGGCGAAAACACCGAGGUUGUCGUGUAUGGUGUGGAAUUUCUUCGCCGGCUAAACAAGUUAUUGCCACAAUUCGAGAAAAGAAGAGUGGUGAACUAUCUCGAAUGGUGCUGGUUCUUCAAGACGAUGCUUCGCGAUCUUCCUGAUCCCUUUGCAUUGACUAUAUUCAAGUUUUACAAGACGCUCAACUUGAUGAACGUGCAGAAAGUACGAUGGCAUGGCUGUGUGACCAGAAUCAAUAGCCUAAUGCCAAUGGCAACGUCUUCCAUCUACGUGAAAAAUCACUUUGACCAUGAGGCCAAGAAGCAAGUUGAGGAGAUGAUUAGCCUCAUUAUGGAAGCUUUCGUCGAUCUGCUCGUAUCGGAGGACUGGCUGACGGAAGAGACGAAAGAGUUUGCAAAGCAAAAGGUCCAUACGAUGAAGCAGAAAAUCGGCUAUCCGGAUUACCUAAACAACUCCGAAUCAGUUGAUUACGAGUACAGAAUGUUUAAGGUAUAUGAUGGCGGUUACUAUAAAACGAAGUUCCAGUUCUACGAGCAGUACCAACGGGAUGUACUGGAGCGCAUUGCACAGCCGGUGGAUCGAGAACGGUAUUGUAAUUCUUUUUUUAAUGCUGGAGUUGCAUAG